AUGUUCUGUAGGAAACUGGGGGAUAUACACUCAAGCAUCACCCUUCGUCCUGUAUCUUUUCCGGUCCUCGUCACCGGGGAGAACCACCAGGUGCAACGGAAGAGCCCCGGAGCCACCGCCCUUCCCGCCGGCGAACGAGGCAGCCCAGCCGCCCCUCAGGCGACACUCACCGGCGGCCUCGCUCCGGGCCCAAGGCUCGUCCGUCGCCACGGCAACCGCGGCCUCUCUUUCCCGCCAGCCCCGCCCCUUGACGGGCGCUUUCUGUUGACGUCACCGACCUCGUCGCCACGGCAACCGCAGCCGCUCUUUCACGCCAGCCCCGCCUUCCCGACGGGCGCCUUCUGUUUACGUCACCGCCCGCACACGCGACUCCCCUGGUCUCGCUUUGCGACGGAGGCUUCCGCAAUGGCGGAAGCGAAGGCCCCGGAGCCGCUGGAGAUAGAGAGCAGGUAAAAGCCGAGCCCGAGUCAAAAGCGACGCCUGCACCCCGGGGACCCGGGUGUCGCAGGGCUCUGUCCUCAGCCACGUCUUCGCAAGCGACGUGGAGGAAGGAAUGGAGGGGAGGCGCAUCCACUCUGCUGGCUUGGAAGUGGGGAAGGGAAGGCAGGAGACAAGAUUCCCUCAAAGGGAUUACGGCGCAAGCGGGAGGGGAAGGAUCUCAGGAGUGACAAGCUCCUUCACUCAGGCAGGAAGAACCAGCUGCACAGAUACAGGUAGGGAGGGGGACACCUGGCUUACUAGCACUAGUACAGUGGUACCUCGGGUUACAUACGCUUCAGGUUAUAUAUGCUUCAGGUUACAGACUCCGCUAACCCAGAAAUAGUGCUUCAGGUUAAGAACUUUGCUUCAGGAUGAGAACAGAAAUCGUGUUCCUGUGGUGCGGCGGCAGCAGGAGGCCCCAUUAGCUAAAGUGGUGCUUCAGGUCAAGAACAGUUUCAGGUUAAGAACGGACCUCUGGAAUGAAUUAAGUACUUAACCCGAGGUACCACUGUACAUGUGAAAGGGACCGAGGGGGUCUUGGUGGAACACAAACUGAGCAGGAGUUCGCAGGGUGAUGCGGCAGCAGAAAGAAGAAGAGCUGAUGAUAUUCUAGGCUGCGUCCACAGAAAUAUACAGUCAUACCUCAUGUUAUGUUUGCUUCAUGUUACGUUUUUUCAGGUUGCGUCCCGUGGCGACCCAGAAGUACCAGAAAGGGUUACUUGCAGUUUUCACCGCUCGCGCAUGCGCAGUAGCACUCAAUCACCCUUCACGCAUGCGCACAAGUGCCAAAUUGCACACCUGCGCAGAUAUGGCACUUCAGGUUGCGGGCUUUUCACGUUGCAAACGGGCCUCCGGAACGGAUCCCGUUCGCAACCAGAGGUACAACUGUAGUGUCCACAUCAAGGGAAGCUAUAGUGCCACUCUAUCCUGCCUUGGUUAGACCACACUUGGGAGUCCAGUGUCCAAUUCUAGGCACCACAGUUUAAGAAGUGUGUUGACAAGCUGGAACAUGGGCAGAGGAGGGCAACCAAGAUGAUCAAGGGUCUGGAGAGCAAGUCUUAGGAGGAAAGGUUGAAGGAGCUGGGUAUGUUUAGCCUGGAAAAGAGGAGACUGAAAGGAGAUAUGAGAGCCACCUACAAAUAUCUAAAUGGCUGUCUCAUGGAAGACAGAGAUAGCUUGCUUUCUCCUGCUCUGGAGGGUAGGACUCGAACUCAUGGCUUCAGGUUACAAGAAAGGAGAUUCCAACUAAACAUCAGGAAGAACUUUCUGACAGUAAGAGCUGUCUGACAGUGGAAAGGUCUCCCUCGAAAGGUGAUGGACUCUCCUUGCUUGUAGGUUUUUAAGCAGAGGUUGGAUGAUAUAUAGUUGAGAUUCCAGCAUAGCAGUGGGUUGGACUAGAUGACUCCUAGGGUCCCUUCCAGCUCUCUGAUUCUAUGAGGAGUCUCUGGAGAAACAUCUCCCCAGGCACAUUUUAGCACCAUCUAGUAUCAGCAUAUAUAACUGGGAGAUUUAGGCCACAGAUAAUAAAUUAAGGCACAGUAGUAGAAAAUGUCUCACAUUGUCAGAUGGCAGAUGAUGUCCUUUUCAAUACCCCUCCUGUCUAUUCCUCAGGGGAAACCGAAACAAACCAGACUUUUCUACCAUGGUCUCACACCAGGUGAGAAUCACUGUGCCUGACCUACAGUGCCAUAUCCUGACAAACAGUGCAGGACUACCCUAUCCCUGUAGCAACCCAAAACAGUCAUCCCCACUGCCCACAACAGAGCUUGUUCUUAUAGCAAGGCAAGCUCUGGACCACACUCCAGCAGCAUACAGUCAACCAGUAGUCAAAUAGCAUCCCACACUGCAGUCGCCACUCUUACCUGCAGGCAGAUAUCUCACUGGACAAACAGAAUAAUGCAGGCAAAAAACCAUACAGUCUUGCUGGGUACCAAACCAGCCCCCUUUCCUAGUCUUUUGUCAGUCGGUCCUUAGGGCAGUGUGGCAGACACUCUUCUUGUAGCAACGCAGGCUAUGGACCAGGCCAUAUUCACUUAGCCAGCAAUUUGACUUAGUUUGAUUCUCCAGAAGCUUUUAGGCUUUUACUCCCUGGUGUAGAGUAAAUGGCUUGCGUGUUAGUUCUUGAUUAUUUUUCUUAUUGUUAUAAAGGUAAAGGGACCCCUGACCAUUAGGUCCAGUCGUGACCGACUUGGGGGUUGCAGCGCUCAUCUCGCUUUAUUGGCCGAGGGAGCCGGCGUACAGCUUCCAGGUCAUGUGGCCAGCAUGACCAAGCCACUUCUGGCAAACCAGAGCAGUGCACGGAAACGCCGUUUACCUUCCCGCUAGAGCGGUACCUAUUUAUCUACUUGCACUUUGAUGUGCUUUCAAACUGCUAGGUUGACAGGAGCAGGGACCGAGCAACAGGAGCUCACCCCGUUGCGGGGAUUCGAACCGCCGACCUUCUGAUCGGCAAGCCCUAGGCUCUGUGGUUUAACCCACAGCGCCACCCGCGUCCCUUCUUAUUGUUAUAGGUGUUUGUUUUUACAUCUUUUUUCUGCUGCUGUUUUCUCAGUGAUAGUUCUUGUUUUUUUAUUGCGGUUUAUAUUUUUGUUAUUAGUUAUUUGGGACUUAAGAAAAGAGUAGAUAUAGAGACGUUAUGUUAUGUUAGUUGUGGAUUUGUUCCAUAAUUAGUGGUACUUUACUUGCUAUUUCUACUUUUGCCAGGAUCAUUGAGCUGUGCCAUCAGUUUCCCCAGGGUAUCACAGACCAGGUGAUUCAGAAUGACAUGCCUCACAUGGAGGCUCAGCAACGGGCAGUGGCCAUUAACAGGCUGCUCUCAAUGGUAAGACCAUCCCUCGUUCUGUUCUUGGUUGUCUCAAAAGACAAUAGAGUGCACCUAGUUCUUUGACAGUAUUUAAACUGGAUUAUAUAUCGGGAUAAUGCACGUUAAGCGGUUAACGUGCGUAACAACCAGCUAUUGUGCAUAUUCAUGAAAACUCAUGGAGAAUGUGCACAUAAUCUGCUCAUCAAGAAGAAUUGCGUGUAAGGGGGGAGCAUGUUUCUGGGAGACUUUACGUACUUAUUGGAGAAUGUGCAUAUUGCUCAGAGAAUGCAUAGAAUGCAGCCAGGAAAUGGACCUUAUUCAAAGCCUAUUGGAGAAUGUUUGUAUCUUGGCUACAUUCUCUGGGCAAUAUGUGUAACGUGCUGCUUUACUUUUGCUACUGCUGGCAGAAACACCACGACAUUUGUGUUCUGCCCACUGAGCCCUCUGCAUGUGAAGCAGGGGCCUCUGGUGGCAAAUGGGGACCUUGAUCAUAUCCCAACCCCGUCUAGCAAGCAACACCGCAGAUUUAAGCCUUCUCUUGAAGGCCGCUAAUCUAGCUCAUCUCCUAAUCUUCAUCCAUUUGUCUAGCUUUGCUGCUUAGAACCAUCUCACAUACAGUGGUACCUUGGGUUACAGACGCUUCAGUUUACAGGUGCUUCAGGUUACAGACUCCGCCAACCCAGAAAUAGUACCUCGGGUUAAGAACUUUGCUUCAGGAUGAGAAUAGAAAUUGUGCGGCGGCGGCAGCGCGAGGCCCCGUUGGCUAAAGUGCUGCUGCAGGUUAAGAACAGUUUCAGGUUAAGAACGGACCUCCAAAACGAAUUAAGUUCUUAACCCGAGGUACCACUGUAUUGUACAACAGCAAAUCAAGGUUUACUAUAGAACAUAGGCUCAACAGAGAACUGCAGCCAGAUUUCCCUGACAAAUAUAUCUGUUUGCCACACGUGCCCAUAAACUUGUGCCAUGCAUAUCCAUAAACAUGUGCACACAUUACAAUUUGUAGAGUAUGCCUAAAAAUGUAAUCCAUUUAGGUGUCCUUCAGAGUCACGAAAAUGAAAUGUAUAACAUCUUAAGGGGAAAAUAUUUUUUUCUGAUCCAUUAAGAAUGAAUAUUAAUUAUAUAAGGGAAUAUGCAGUAUUAAAUUAAUACAGUCUAAGUUUAGUACUGAGUGUCUUUCAUAUUGCAUCCUAAUGUCAAAUCAUUAUUUUAGAAAUCUGUCAAAAUAUUACAAUAAUGUCUAUUCUCUUAGGGACAGCUGGAUCUGUUGAGGAGCAGCACUGGCCUCCUCUACAGGAUCAAGGAAUCUCAGAAUGCUGGGUAAGCUGUGCUCUCAAAGCAUCAACAUUUUUCUGCUUCUGUCACUGAUGGACAUAAUUGUAAUUACCAUGAUACUGUAGCUUGGAAAAUCACCUUAGGUGAAGGAACCUUUCUAAAUAACCAGUAGAAAGCUCUCUCAUCCGAGGUCAAAUUCUAGUUUCUUUUUGACAUCUCAAAAUAUGUAUAGUAUUUAUUUAUUUCGUAAAAUGUAUAUGCCUCUUGAUUGUCGGGGACGACGACCUCAAAGUUGUUUAGUAUUUAAUUUCACAUCGAUCAAAUCCACUCAGGUUUUCAAAAACUAAACACUAUUCACUUCUUAUUUUGUCUUUCUGCAGUAAAAUGAAGGGAUCUGACAAUCAGGAGAAGCUGGUGUAUCAGAUUAUAGAGGAUGCAGGAAACAAAGGUAAUGUGCUUGUCUGUCGCCUUGUGUUUUCCACUUUAUGGUCUUCUUCACUGUAGCUUUUUAAUUCCUGAAUGCAGUGGAGUUAGAAAGGUUUUUAUUUUACUUGGGGAAAUGGCAUUCAAUACAGGAAAAGGAUGUGGGGAUGGUAUUAUGAGAACCUGGAGACAUGUAAUAUGUAAAAAUAUGGUUCAUGCUGAAGAUGAAUUAAUUUUCCUUUUUUUAAACAACCAAAACAGGUAUUUGGAGCAGGGAUAUUAGGUAUAAAAGCAAUCUUCCGUUAACUGAGAUCAACAAGAUCCUGAAGAACUUGGAAAGCAAGAAACUCAUUAAAGCUGUGAAGUCUGUAGCGGUGAGUAACAGAAGAAAUAGCUCUUAAGAGUCGUCGUCUAAUUGUGGUUUCACCUGUUAAAUCAUGGGUAGGCAAACUAAGGCCCUGGGAUCCGGCCCAAUUGCCUUCUAAAUCCGGCCUGCGGACGGUCUGGGAAUCAGCGUAUUUUUACAUGAGUAGAAUGUGUCCUUUUAUUUAACAUGCAUCUCUAGGUUAUUUAUGGGGCCUGCCUGGUGUUUUUACAUGAGUAGAAUGUGUGCUUUUAUUUAAAAUGCAUCCCUGGGUUAUUUGUGGGGCAUAGGAAUUCGUUCAUUUUCCCCCCUUCAAAAUAUAGUCCGGCCCCCCACAAGGUCUGAGGGAAAGUGGACUGGCCCUCUGCUGAAAAAGUUCACUGACCCCUGUGUUAAAUGGUAGAAAUAAUGGGUUAGUCUCUAAUGAGCGCCCUUUACCAGGAGCUGCAGCCAUUCCUGGUUCCCGGAGGUGGUGGCCAUGGUUGGAUGGGCCAUCUGUCCUGGAUGCUUUAGUUGAGAUUCCUGCAUUGCAGGGGGUUGGACUAGAUGACCCUAGGGGUCCCUUCCAAAUCUAAAAGUUCUGUGAUAUUGUGCACACGGGUCCUGCUUGCUGGUUUCCCACAGGCCUCUGGUUGGCCCCUGUGAGAACAGGAUGGUGGCCUAGAUGGGCCACUGGUCUGAUCCAGCAGGCUUCUUAUGCUCUUAAAGAAAUGAGCAGUGCUGCUGCUGCCCAAACCUCUGCCACGCACACUGCCAGAGCCACCCAUAGCCCACACCAUGGUUGUGCCUGUGUCUCAUGAGACUCAGGAAUCGAGACGAUACCGACUUUAAAAAAGAAUGGGGAAAAUUUAUAAUUUACUUAGGAGACCAUUGUAAACAAAUAAAAAUGUUAGCUGGACUGUAAAAAUAACUUGUAAAGAAAUAAAAAAUAAGGAUAAUUUAGAGAAAUGAAAACUUUAGAGACUUUAGAAAUGAAACUUUAGAAAUGAAAAUUUAGAGAAGGUAUGGGGAAACCCAGCCAAAUGGGUGGGGUAUAAAUAAUAAAAUUAUUGUUAUUAUUAUUAUACAGUCAUACCUCGGGUUACAGACGUUUCGGGUUGUGCGAUUUCGGGUUGCGCACCAUGCCGAACCUGGAAGUACUGGAAUGGGUUACUUCUGGGUUUCGGCGCAUGUGCAGAAGUGCCAAAUCGCAACCCACGCGUGCGCAGACGUGGCACUGCGGGUUGCGGACGCUGCGGGUUGCGAACGUGCUUCCCGCAUGGAUCAUGUUCGCAACCCGAGUGUCCACUGUACAGUAUGUAGUUUUAGAAAAAAUAUUUUAAGGACCCAUGCAGGGGACGGGGGGAGGUCGCAAAAUCCAGAGAAUCUCAUAUAUGAAUAUGGUAAAAGUUUUUCUCCCCCAUUAUUUUGAAUUUGUUUUUGUAAAAGCCAAUGAAAAAUAUUUAAAAAAACAAAAACAAAAUGAGCACAAACAAUGUAGGGCAGGUAGAGGUGAAUAUACAAUUGUGCUUAAGCAAUUCACUUUGACAGUGUCAGAGAGAUGCAUGCACACAACUGCUUAUGGCAUUUUCCAGAAUACACACAUUUUCAUAGAAAUCAUAGAAUUGUAGAGUUGGAAAGGACCCCAAGUCCAACCCCUGAACCCCCUGCAACGCAGGAACAUGCAGCUGUCCCGGGAUUGAACUUGCAGCACUGGCAUUCUCAGUCCCAUGCUCUAACCAACUCAGCAAUCCAGGCUUAAUUUUUCUCUCUUAAUGAAAGAGAACAUGUGAACAAAACCUGUACCAUUAAUUCACUAGGCUUCCAAGAAGAAAGUCUAUAUGUUAUACAACCUUCAACCAGAUCGCUCUGUGACAGGAGGAGCUUGGUAUAGUGACCAAGACUUUGAAUCUGAAUUUGUAGAGGUGCUUAACCAACAGUGUUUUAAGUUCUUACAGACCAAGGUGAGUGUCCUUGUUUUGUGCAUGAUUCUUUGUGCCAUGUCAGACUGCAAUCCCAAUAAUGUGCCAAAGAGAUCUUUGCGGUUUUCACUGAUAGCAUAUCUUGGCUGGCCAGCUGUGAAGCAGGAAGGAGCAGCUGCUAAGGAACAGUCUGCAGGCAUAAACUCAUAAAGUCCUUUAACUGUCUCCAGUUUUCCUUAUUCCUAAAAAGGCAAUCCCAAAUUCUGUAGAAGAAAUAUAUUGUUAUAUUAUUUGUCACCAGUGCUGGUCGCGUUUUUGGGAGUGCUGUUGCUGAUGAGCCCUGAUAUUGUUAGUUUGAAGGGUUCCAUCACACUCUAGUGUUACCCAGAAACAGAAUAUAGGAUGGGGCUCUGCAAAUAUCUCAGACACUAAAUGCCUUCCAUAUGGUCGCAAGGAGCAAAGUAAACUCAGUGAUUUUUUUAAAAAACCCUGGCGGUUUAAGGGUGUCUCAUGUUGGUUCAAGCACCACAAAGCUGGCUGGUUUUAGUUAAUUAAUUUAGUUACAUUUGUUUUGAAUUUUACUUAUUUUUAUUAUAUGUGUAUAAUUAUUUUACGUAUAUUUGUUUUUUUAAUAUUUUUGUGGUUUGUGUGUGUGUGUUUUUCUACAUUUUUGUUAUGUACAGUGGUACCUCGGGUUAAGAACUUAAUUCGUUCCAGAGGUCCGUUCUUAACCUGAAAAGGUUCUUAACCUGAAGCGUGCUUUUGCUAAUGGGGCCUCCUGCUGCCGCUGCGCUGCUGGCGCGCAAUUUCCAUUCUUAUCCUGGGGCAAAGUUCUUAACCUGGAGCAACCACUUCCUGGUUAGUGGAGUUUGUAACCCAAAGUGUCUGUAACCCGAGGUACCAGUGUACAGUGCUUAGAGACCUCUUUGAUUAAACUGCAUGUAAAUCUUCCUAAAUUAAUAGAGUAAUAAACCUAAAACAAUGCCUUAGCAUGCAUGCCCCACAAUCAGCAAUGAUGCCGAUUUGUGAUGCAAGUUGUGCUUCCUAACACAUUCCAUCCACUUGCAGGUUCCCUUGGCCUUUCAGGCACAGAUGCAGCGGGGAGGGUGGCUACUGCCCUCCAGAUUGCCUGUUCGCUUUCUCUCCUUCUGAAGGGAAUGCAACUGGCCCCGCAGUCAAACCACUAUGCUACACUUCCCCUCCACUGGGGGCAGGAGCACUGUGGUGCUAACAGUGCAGUGCUGGCAGGCAGUGUUGCCUAGUGGUUUGACCAUUGGACUGGCUAAAGACAUGCCAUAUGGUUCACGGGAAUGCAUUGCUAUAUUUCCCACAUACUUAACCUCACUGCAUCCCAGAAUGUGAGAUUAAAUACUGGAAGAGAAUCACCCCUAUGUGAGUGAGCCGUUUGGGGAAGGGGGUCCAGAACCUGAUGCAUGUGCUUUACCGCAUGUGCUUUGCCACUGAGCCCCACGUCCAAUAAUCUCUCUAAAAUUAUGUUAAACUAGGAACGUAUCCUCCUUUACCGAUGCAGACUGGCUCUGUAACACACCGUGCUUCUCUCUGUAUUUUGUAGGCCGAAGCAGCUCGAGAAAGCAAGCAGAACCCCAUGAUCCAGAGAAACAGCUCGUUUGCAUCCUCUCACGAGGUGUGGAAAUACAUCAGUGAGUUAGGUGUCAGUAAGGUGAAGCCGUCCUUCUAUUUCUUUCCUUGCAUUUUCUGCACAAUGAUCAAUACUGCAUUGUAGCUAUGGAUAAUUGUAUUUAUUUUUUUUAAGCUUCAACUCAACUUCAGCUACAUAUUUCUCUGAUGAUCCUAUAUUUUAGAAAUAUCCUCCCCGGGGAAAUACUUCUUUGUUGGUGUAUAGGAGAGCAUUACAGCGGUACCUCGCAAGACGAAUGCCUCGCAAGACGAAAAACGCGCAAGACGGAAGAGUUUUCCGUUUUUUGAGUCGUUCCGCAAGACGAAUUUCCCUAUGGGCUUGCUUCGCAAGACGAAACGUCUUGCGAGUUCUUGCAAGUUUGUUUCCUUUUUCUUAAAGCCGCUAAUAGCCGCUAAGCCGCUAAUAGCCGUGCUUCGCAAGAUGAAAAAACCGCAAGACGAAGAGACUCGCGGAACGGAUUAAUUUCGUCUUGCGAGGCACCACUGUAAAAGCUUUUUAUCGUUAUUACAGUCUGCAUUUGCGUAAUCUUACUUUAUCGGGUUUUCAUUUCCCCCCUAAAAAUUUCAUCUCCUAUGGUUAUUUGCUAAAGUUUUUAAAAACAAUGCUUAGUUAAAAAAAAAAAAAGGACAAAUAUUCGGGCGUGGGCUUGGAAAGUGAUAAAAUUAACCUUAUGGCUUCACAGUUGGGGGAGCUAUCGGAGCAGUCAGUAAAACUUUCUUUUUACUGCUUUUUCUCCUUUGUCUGUGAAAUCAGAGUGCUGCAGGUAAAGGCAUUCAGCUGAUUGUUGGCGCUGGCCUUGCAAGCACCGCCAUGAUCCCUGUGUCUCCACUCCCAGUGGGUUGAUCAGUGAGCCCCACUUUUGAAAGGAAUAAUCAGGAGCUUUCAUUGCUCCUGUGGAACCGCAUCCUUACCUGCUCCACCUGUUCCAUUAUACGUCACAUAUAAUGUCAGGUGUAGGGCAGGUGGCCAUGGCUUGGUAAAAAGGGCCUUGCAGGUCAAAUGGAGACCCGUGCUGGUCCUAAUUAGGCCUGUGGGUGGUCUAGGUCUGGCAGAAGAUGCUGUUGUUGCACUACCAGCUCCUCAUUCCCUCUUUGGCUCCCAAGAAGGUGUAGUUAAGCGGUAUAUACCGUAUUUUUCACUCCAUAGGGUACACCGGACCAUAGGGCGCACCUAGUUUUUAGGGGGGGGAAAUAAAGAAAAAAAACCUUUAUUCCCCCCCCCCAGCCCCAAAGAGCAAAGAAACUCCUGGAGAGGAGCUUGCUGGGCUGGGGGCGGGGGAAGCCCCGACCCCAGCCCCCAGAACAGGCUGCUAUCCGCAAGCCUUCGGAGCCUGGUGAGAACUCCCGCCGUGCUCCGAAGGCUUGCGGAUAGCUGCCUGAAGCCUGGAGAGCGAGAGGGGCCAGUGCGUACCGACCCCUCUUGCUCUCCAGGCUUCAGCGAAAGCCUGCAUUCGCUCUAUAGGAUGCACACACAUUUCCCCUUCAUUUUUGGAGGGGAAAAAGUGCGUCCUAUAGGGCGAAAAAUACAGUAAAUUGUUUUUGACAAUAAUAGAUGAGGUUUUUUCCAUGCUGCCUUAAGUUCUUCUUGAUAAGCCUUUGAUUUUCUUACUGUUAAUUCCUAGCACCUCUAUUUUCUGCGGCAUUAAUUUCAAUUUUUGUGCAGUGUUAGCUGCAGUCUAGAAGUAAUAAUAAUAAUAAUAAUAAUAAUAAUAAUAAUAAUAAUAAUUUUUAUUUAUACCCCGCCCUCCCUGGCCAGGGCCAGGCUCAGGGCGGCUAACACCAAAUAUAAAUUACAAUAAAACGUAAUAGGAAAAAAACCCCCAGUUAAUUAAAAUACGGCUUGAAAUAUAGCUUAAAAUGCAGUAUCGAUACAUAUCUUUUUUGUUUGAAAAAGCUGCUUCUGUUGUUUCAUUUUUACAAAUCCUUUUUUUAGGUGGAAUUGUCAAUGGAAGAUAUUGAAACCAUCCUCAACACAUUAAUCUAUGAUGGAAAGGUAGAAAUGACCAUUGUUGCUGCAAAAGAGGCAGCUGCGGGCAGCGUGGACGGGCACAUGAAACUGUACAGAGCCGUCAACCCCAUCAUCCAGCCUACAGGCUUAGUUCGGACGCCUUGUGGACUCUGUCCGGUGAGUUACUUCUCAGGAAUAACAUGAUGAUAUUUAGCUAAUCUGACAUAUUUAAGCUUAUUUCUCAUUUGGAUAACCAUUCAGGCAGGACUGCAGAGAACAUACAUAACAAAUCCUAUAAGCUGUAAAAUGUUUAAGCAGGAAUAGAACAGGCCAGUGACCCAUGUAGUCCAGCAUUCGGUUCUCACAGUGGCCAACCAGAGGCCUGUGGGGAAAUCGCAAGCAGGGUGUGAGCACAAGCACAACACUCUCCUCUUGUGACUUCCAGCAUUUGCUCUUGUGUUAUUAGCUUCUAUUUUGAUAUAACUAUUUGGGGGUGGGGGAACCAACAACAGCUGUGUUUACAAAAAAAUCAGAAACGUAGUAAGGGUAAAAGGGUAAAGGACCCCUGGAUGGUUAAGUCCAGUCAUAGGCGACCAUGGGGUUGUGGCGCCCAUCUCGCUUUCUGGGUCAUGUGACCAACAGGACUAAACCGAUUCUGGCGCAACGGGACACUGUGACGAACGCCAGAGCGCACAGAAACGGCGUUUACCUUCCCGCCACAGUGGUACCUUAUUAAAUCCAUAUGAUCCCCCCCCCCAUGCCCCAAGGAUAUGAUUGAGAAACUAACAUGCAGUCCUUGGGGCUGAAUGGGGGUGUACUGUAUGCACAUAUAACUGAAUUGAUCUAGCAAAUGGCAUAAACUAAUUGUAUGUAUGUUUAAUUCUCUUCCUAGGUUUUUGACGACUGCCAUGAAGGUGGUGAGAUAUCUCCAUCAAAUUGUAUUUAUAUGGUAGAGUGGUUAGAAUUUUAGCAGUAAGUGGAGAGAGCUUAUUGCAACCUAGGUUGACCAACCUUCUAAUUAUGGACGCUGCUUUUGAAGAAUGCAAAAAUCCUUGACGGUGUCUUUGCUGUGGCAAAGACUCUGAUCUCUCUUCAGGCACUGACUGGACACAUGGAAAGAAAGGGGCCAAGACUCCAAAAUUGCUUCCUGUAUGAACUGUAUGCAGGCACAGAGUUCUGCCUAUUUUUUAGAGAUGCAAGUUAUAUUUUGACCUUUUGGGAGAUUUGUUGAUUCCAAAAAUAAAUAAUUUAAAUUGCCA